CCUUCUAACCGUAAGAUCCAACGUCCAAAAUACGAAACAGUCUUGAAUUAGAUAAAGAUGAAAAGAAGGAACAAGCCUAAAAAGGAAGAAAAGGGUUAGUCUGUCAGACAGCUGCAGGACCAUCCGGCCGAACCGAAGCCAGGCCAAGAACGAUCCUCUGCGGGUCCCGAUGGCACAGCCGAGCCGAGCCGGGGGACCUGCUAAUCACGCUCUGGUCGAGCAGCCAUGGUUCAUCCACCAGACCGGGUUUCUUGCCUCCUUAGAACUCAAGGAUGCAGAGGUACGAGCCUAUAGAACAGAUCCUGUUCAAGUAAGCAAAAAUGGCAGGCAAAGCUACUGUGAUAAGUUCUUAUGCCAUAUGGUGAAGCUGCCAGAACAACUACUAAUGUUCAAGAGAGCCAGAGAUACUUGCCUAGGGGGGGUGUAUGCCCUUGCUUGUUUGUGCUGUAAGCCUCCACAGGGCCUAUGCUGCCCAGCUCCUGGUAAAGCUCAAGACUAACCGGCAUCUGUGUCGCCUUAAUUGUCCUGCCAUACAGUAG